AUGCCUGCAAUGAUUGAUACCAAUUUGAGAGUUACGCGGAGACGUCGCCGUUCUGCUCGUUCCUGUAACGAGUGCCGACGGCGAAAAGUGAAAUGUGACCGACAAGUGCCAUGCAGUCGUUGUCUCACUACAAGAAAGCAUUGCGUCUACAACAAUGAAGUGCUAAGUGGAGUUAGCAGCGGUAAUACGAUUCCGACCAGCUACACAGUUCAUAUUGCAGGUCCUCAAGUAACACCCCAAUCGACAGUGGAACCUGCUUUAGCCCCAAGCCGUGAUGAUAGUCGAGCAGAAGCAGACGGUGUUGAUACCAUAUCGAUUCCCAGAUAUACGCAUCAGAAUAUGACUCCUGGGGCAAACGCGUUACCAAAGGACAUCUCUAGUGUAAGCAGAAGACACGAUGAUCAUAUCAAUGAGCUCGAAACUCGGCUCCGAACGUUGGAGCAUCUGCUCUCGCGCAAUAGGUCUAGUUUGGAUGUCGAUCGAACUUCAAAUUCAGGCCCCUCGACCAUUCGCGAAAGUGAAUAUGCAUCAAAUUCAGUGUUACAUGGUACAAAGACCACGUUGAACAAGUCGAGAUUGUUUGGUCGGACACAUUGGACGAACGACGUCUACGAGGUACAUAUUCUCACUUCGCAAAGGUCGCGUGCCCAGUUCAAAAGGAUAAAUGACUACAUGAAAAUUGAAACCCCUGAGCCCAGUGACAACGAGCGUAUCAAAAGCCUGAAAUCGGAGAUACAUAUGCUCCUGCAAAAAUGCAAACUCCUCGCCAAAGGGAUCAAAACAUUCAGGCCCACUAGGUGUUUAUCGCUGUCUGAGCCUGCACUCCCUACCAAGGUAUUUGCAGACGCAAUGGCUCAUUUGUACAUGUCACGUUUCGAAUCGGCUUUUCGUAUUCUUCAUAUCCCGUCGUUCUGGGCUGAGUAUGACAACUAUUGGAGACAUCCUGCAACUGCCCCUGAUGUUACUAAGUAUAAGGUACAUCUUGUCAUUUCUAUUGGAUGCAGCCUUUGUCAAGAACCUUAUGGCUCGGACCAAGUGUACUCGGCAGCAUGCCAAUGGGUCUACGCUUCGCAAGCUUGGUUGUCGGCUCCCAUGGAAAAAGAUCGUAUAGGCAUAAGUGGUCUGCAAGUACAAUGCUUAUUGAUUCUCGCACGGCAGUGUCUAUCAGUAAGCGGGGAUUUGAUAUGGGUUUCAAUGGGAACCCUUCUUCGCACAGCAAUGCAAAUGGGUCUUCAUCGUGAUCCGAGUCAUUUGGCAAACAUGAGUGUAUUGGACACGGAGAUCCGGAGAAGACUUUGGGCUACUAUAAUGGAGAUGAAUGUACAAGCUUCCUUGGAUGCCGGAAUGCAACCCAUUGUGUCACUGCAAGACUUUGAUACGAAACCACCAUCUAACAUUAAUGACACGGACAUAGAUGAUCGUACCGAGGAGAUAUUUCCGAGGCCGCACGCUACAUCAACAGAUACAUCCCUACAAAUAUUCUUAUCCGAGUGUUUACAACCCAGGUUCGACAUUCUGCAUAUAAUGAACGGUGUGAACUCAGAAAUGACUCAGGAGGAGGCUAUUACUUUGACCUCCGAAAUCAUCAAGUCCUGCAACCAUUGCCGCGAUUUGAUCAGACACGGCCCCGGAAAUGAAGGGAAAGUGUUCCGCCACAAUUUCGCAGAUCUAUUGAUUCGACGCUUUCUGCUCAGCCUACACCGUCCAUGGGCCAGUAGGGCUCAUGUAAGCCCUUUGUUCUACUAUUCGAGGAAGAUUAGCUACGAUUCGGCUUCUACUCUACUUUCUCCUCCAAAAGAUGAAAACUUCACUCGUCUUCUCUUACGUGGUAGCGGCAUGUUCAAAAACCGUAUCAUCCACGUAUCAUUGGCCCUAGCGUCAGAGUUGCUCAUUGAGAUACAAGAGAAAGGCUCCAAUCCGGUGGCGCAACCACCCUGGGAUUAUCGGGCAAUACUCGUAGCGGCUGUACAAGAAGCACAAUGGCAGUCAGCUCAACGCAUGAAGUUUGGCGAAACCAACGUCAGGUUACACAUGAAGCUCAGUGUUGUAUUGAGCCAAGCUGAGAGCCUACUACCGGGUCAAUCGCUUCAGGAACGGAUGAUUGAGAGUGCUAAAGACAGCCUAGAAAUUUCGUAUGCGACUAUACAGGCACAUCUAGGAUUACCGCAAAGUCCGGUGUAUAGUGGUGGAACUAUGAAUUUGGAAGGAAAUCAAAUGACAUUUUCGCCACUGUUAGAUAUUGAUGAUAUUUUGCAGGCUACGGAGUUCGCGCUGGACGGGGGCCAUGGAUCUUCGUCUUCUAUUUUCUAGCAAAGCCG